CGAAACCCGCCCAUGAAAGUUUGCAAACGUCAUGAUUUUCCCUCGUCGAGCUAAGUUUUCGAGUCAAAGUACGUAGAUUACGGAAUUCUGUUGAGGAAUGCAACAACAAUGUCUUGUGGACGUAAUUCUCGGGACUCUUUCCAAAGGACGAAAUCUGAGGAGUUGGUUUACCAAGAGGAGAUCAAGACCUUUGCAAAAGAGAACGGAAAACGCUUAGGUCUGGAGGGAGACCCGGACCUGCAGUUUUUGCUGAAGGGUGGAGAUCUGUUAAAGGUGAGGUCCGGGUCAUGGAAGAAGACCCGAUUCUUUCAGCUGAAAGAAGACUGCAAGACCAUGUGGCAUGAGACCAGCAGGGCCUUCAAGAGUUCAAGUAAAUCAACCUUCUGCAUCGAGGACAUUGACUCUGUGCGGCAUGGUCGUCAGACUGAAGGGCUUAAGAAUCACACCGACUCUUCUGUGGAGGACCGCUGCUUUUCCAUCAUCUUCAAAGGACGACGCAAGAACCUGGACCUGAUUGCCUCAUCCAAAGACGAGGCCAAGCAGUGGGUCAGAGGCCUGGAUAAAGUCAUCAACAGCAGUAAGAACCUUAGCCGCCUGGAGAACAGUGAACACUGGAUCUACAGCUGUAUGCGCAAAGCAGACAAGAAUCAUGACAACAAAAUGACAUUGAAGGAAUUGAAGCAUUUCCUGCGGCAGAUCAAUGUAGAUUUGGAUGACGGGUAUGCUGAGGCGCUGUUUAAGCAAUGUGACACAUCAAAGUCAGGCACGCUGGAAGACUCAGAGAUUAAACAUUUUUACGAUUUGCUGACUAAACGUGAAGAAGUUGAUGCAAUCUUUAGAAGGUACUCUAAUGGUAAAGAAAAGAUGAGCGCAGAUGACCUGCUGAACUUCAUUCAGGAUGAACAGAGAGAGCCAGUGGGUUUGGAUUACGCCAAGAACAUCAUCGAUAAAUAUGAAGUGGAUGAGAACGCCAAACAGGUGAAGCAGAUGACUAAGGAUGGCUUCCUGAUGUAUCUGAACCACGAGGAAUGCAGCCUCUUUAACCCCGCCCACAAACCUGUGUACCAGGACAUGCGACAACCACUCAGUCAUUACUUUAUUUCUUCUUCACACAACACCUAUCUGAUGGAGGACCAGCUGAAAGGUCCUAGCAGCACAGAGGCCUAUAUAAAAGCGUUAAUGAAGAGCUGUCGCUGUGUGGAGCUGGAUUGUUGGGAUGGUGUCAACGGGGAGCCGGUCGUUUACCACGGCCAUACUCUCACAUCCAAAGUGCUGUUUAAAGAUGUCAUCAAGGCUAUUAAAGAAUACGCGUUCAAAACCUCAGAAUACCCAGUGAUCCUGUCUCUGGAGAACCAUUGCAGCCUAGAGCAGCAAAAAGUCAUGGCCUGGCACUUAACCUCCACCUUGGGUAGCGCUCUGCUCACUCGACCCCUGGGCAAACAAAUGCCCACCAAUUUUCCAGGACCUGAGGAACUGAAGGGCCGUUUCCUUAUCAAAGGAAAACGCUUGAAUAAACUGGACACGGCGUUCAACAACAACAGCACAGAGGAUGUGGACAGCGUGUCUGAGGAAGACGAAUCUGCUGAACUGAAAGACGAAGAAAAACCUAAAGGCCAGAAGUCUAAGAAGAUCAAGCUGGCUAAGGAGCUGUCUGAUCUGGUCAUCUACUGCAAGAGUGUUCAUUUCACUAGUUUUGAAGAUUCAAAAGCAAAACAUGCAUUUUAUGAAAUGGCUUCCUUCAAGGAGAGCAAAGCGUUGAACCUGGUGGGGAACUCGGCCACAGCAUACAUUCGUCACAACAUUGAUAAGUUGAGUCGAAUCUACCCUGCCGGCUCCAGAACAGAUUCAUCCAACUACAAUCCAGUGCCAUUGUGGACCGCCGGCUGCCAAAUAGUUGCUCUAAACUUCCAGACUCCCUGUAAAGAGAUGGAUCUGAAUCAAGGCUGCUUUUUACCCAAUGGCAGGUGCGGUUAUAUAUUGAAGCCACAGUUUCUGAGAGACCCAGCCACCCAGUUUGACCCUGUUAACCUCAGAAUCGGCCCCUGGCUAAAGAAAAAGACCCUGCACGUCAUGGUUAUCUCAGCCCAGCAGCUGCCAAAGCUCAAUAAGGAUAAACAAUCAUCCAUCGUGGACCCUCUGGUCAAGGUGGAGGUCUGUGGCAUACAAGAUGACAAUGCCAUUCAACAAACGCAUCACAUUGUCAAUAAUGGUUUUAAUCCUCAGUGGAAUAUAAACUUUAAGUUCCUCAUUUAUGUACCUGAACUGGCUUUGGUCCGAUUUUUGGUAGAAGACUAUGACACUGCUUCCUUCAAUGACUUUGUCGGACAAUACACAAUCCCUCUAACCAGCAUGCAGAUGGGAUAUCGCCAUUUGCCUCUAUAUACUAAGAGAGGAGAUCUUAUUCCUUCAGCGGGACUCUUUGUACACAUCAUGCUUCUCGAUGUUGUCUAGACUCAAUGCAAGUGUGCAGAUCACUGGACAAUCUAACUAUACAACUAAUAUCUCCUCAGCUAACACAAACUCUAGCAAGUUUCCCUUAGCAUUGGAUUUGUUUUGUACAAGAAGUCCCUCCCUUGCCAUCUACCAACUAUCCCUAAUUAAAACUGCAGUGAGUAAAAAUAUCAUCACAUAAAGCACAUUUAGACAAAAAUGUUACAAAACAUAGUGAAGAAUUUCAGAGUAUUUUUUUAACAAAUUAUACCCCACAAUCUGUACCAAAAAAUGUAAUUCUAGAAAUGACAUUUAGUGACAUCCCUUUCUCAAUCAGUACUACUUUUAGUCUUUUAAACAUUAGUGUUUUUAAUUAUGUAGUGUUUAAAGGUAAACUAAAAGUGAACAAGAUUUUUUAACCUAACACUGCUUUCUUUAAAAUUGUUUUUAAGUAUUUAAAAAAAAUACUUAAAAAUACACUGAUGCCUCUUUACAUGAACAUGAUCGAACAUAGUAUUUAAAAUCAGUGUUUGUAUAUUAUUUCUUUGUUUGUAUGAAAGUUGAGUUUGCCCAAACAUUACCCACAAGACUUCAAUUAUACAUCAUUAAAACUUUAUGCCUGGUUUCACAGACAAGCCUUAGCUAAAGCCAGGACGUAGUCUUAGCUAAAUUAAGAUGUUUAAGCAUCUUUAUUAAACAUGCCUUAGAAGAAGACGUUGCUAGUGUGCAUCUUGAGACGAAUCAAAGCUUAUUUUAAGAUCUGUGUGUAAAAAAAUUAUUUUCAGUGGAGACACCUAAAACAUGUGAUUUAGUCUAGGACUAGCCUUCCCAGCAGGCAUUUUAACGUUGAUUCAACGUUGAAUCAACGUCAAGGACAAGGUUGAAUCAACGUCAAGGACAAGGUUGAAUCAACGUUGAAUUACCUUUUGACCUCAAACAUGUGAUGUAGUCUAGGGCUAGCCUUCCCAGCAGGCAUUUUAACGUUGAUUCAACGUUGAAUCAAUGUCAAGGACAAGGUUGAAUCAACAUCAAGGACAAGGUUGAAUCAACGUUGAAUUACCUUUUGACCUCAAACAUGUGAUGUAGUCUAGGACUAGCCUUCCCAGCAGGCAUUUUAACGUUGAUUCAACGUUGAAUCAACGUCAAGGACAAGGUUGAAUCAAUGUUGAAUCAACGUCAAGGACAAGGUUGAAUCAACGUUGAAUUACCUUUUGACCUCAAACAUGUGAUUUAGUCUAGGACUAGCCUUCCCAGCAGGCAUUUUAACGUUGAUUCAACGUUGAAUCAACAUCAAGGACAAGGUUGAAUCAAUGUUGAAUCAACGUCAAGGACAAGGUUGAAUCAAUGUUGAAUCAACGUCAAGGACAAGGUUGAAUCAACGUUGAAUUACCUUUUGACCUCAAACAUGUGAUUUAGUCUAGGACUAGCCUUCCCAGCAGGCAUUUCAACGUUGAUUCAUCGUUGAAUCAGCGUCAAGGGCAAGGUUGAAUCAACGUUGAAUUACCUUUUGAUUUUGCAAAUUUUUUUCAACGUUGAACAACAACUGACAUUAUUUCAAUCAAAUUUCAACGUUGAUUUUUAAGCAUUUUAUUAACCUUUUGCAACCGUUUACCAUUCACCGUUGUUUCAACGUUGAACAAACAACUGACCUUAUUUCAACCAAAUUUAAACGUUGAAGGUCGGUCAUAUGCCUGCUGGGUUAAGCCUUGUCUGUAAAACCGGGGGUAUAUUUUUUUAAAAGGAGAGCAUUUAUCAUAACACUAGCAUUCCUGUGGUCUGUAUCUGUGAAAUGUGUAAGCUGUUAAAUUGUAAAUGUUAAUGUGACUUUUACAUUAUGUGUUGACCUUUACUUAACAAUGGAUUUGUUUUCGGUUCUAAGUUCAGAAUCUAACUCAAGCUGACUAUAUUGCUUUAUAGGUUUUAAAAUAGCAACAUAAUUUACAUAAAAUGAUGGACAUUUUGGUGCUUUUCUUAAGUUUCUUAAUGUUUUCUCUACAGUAUGUAUGGAUAAAUAAUUUAAUCCUAAUCUUUUAAUGGUAUAAUUUAAUCUGUUAAUAAUAGGUUGGAGAGUUGCACUACAAAUAUGUAUACUGUAAACAUGAAUUUACAUAUAAAUGAUUUCUAUUUUUGUUAAGGUGUUUUAUAUUUAGGUUUUUGUAUUCAUUGUGGUACAAGGAAUUGUUGCUAUUCAUUUUAUAAAAAAUAUUUCUUUUUUCCAUGUUAAUUUAUCUAAUGUGCCUUAGAGAGCAGUUGUUGCACAAGCUAGUACUGACUAUGAAUCAAGCCGUAACAUCGGUUUCUCGUGUCUUAAAGUGAUGUUCACUACACAGAAGAACCAGCUUUACUGACAUUUCUAAAAUGCUGUGACAAACUUCUAAGUUUAUUAAAUAAUAAUCUCAAUAAAACAAUCACAAAUUG